CAUAAGAUCAGAAUAUACAUUCAGCAACAAUUCAUGUCAACGCUGAACUACCUUCGGAUGGUUGAGUCCUAUAAAAGUCAACCAAAAUACUGAACGUCCGGUGUAGCAGCAAUACUGAAGAUGGCGACGGAAAAGUUAUACCGUGUUGCCUUCAUCUGUGCGAUUAUCGCCUUUGUGGCUAUGUUCGUGGGAUUCGCAUCGCCCUUCUGGUACAAGUCAUGGACCCGUGUCUUCAGCCCGUUCGGGACGAUUGGGCUCUGGCACGUCUGCCUCAACGGCUUCAUAAAACCUGCAGAUCCGAUCAUGAAGUCGUACGUGGGGUGCUGGUGGAUUCAUUCGACGGAGUUUUCCGAAAUUGAGCAUUCUUUGCAGCCAGUGUGGUUUCGCUUCAUCCAAGCCUUCAGCAUCAUCGUGUUGUUUGCUGACCUGCUGGGUAUGAUAUUUUCACUGCUGUACAUGCAUGAGGACUCCAGGGCUCGUUUGUACAAAAAUCGUCCCAGAAUGUUCUACAUCAACAGUGCGCUGAUGCUCGGUGCAGCCUUCUUGGUGUUCCUGAUAGCUCUUGUGUUUGCUGAGAUGAGCAACGACUCUGGGUGGAUGCCCAGGCCGUGGAUGAAUUACCUCUCCUGGAGUUAUGGUUUAGUGGUGCUCUCAGGAUUUUUCUCAGCCCUCUCUGGCAUGUGUUUGUUUGUUUUAGGGAUAGUAUUUCAGGAUAAAGAAGAAAACGGCGACCCAGGUGUGUCCUCUGCAGCUGAGCUACAGGCCAGACGUCGGGAACUUGAGAAGCAGGAUGAGGUCAUGAGGUCAAUGGAAACCCUACCCCAGGCUUACAGCGGGAUGCCAUACAGGAGCUACCAGCAGCAGGCGGCGCAUGUGGACAGGCCUGACCAGGGUAAAGCUCCCUCUAUGUCCAGUCUACAAGCAUAUGGCAGGCCACCUAUAGCAGCCAAACCUACCAUUGCUCCCAAGCCUCAUGCACCGUCUGUCGCAGGUUCUCAAAGUACCAGGGUCGGGGAGUCUUUUGUUUGAUUUUUACAUUAACAUCUGCUGUAUUUUUUAUCCACCUGAUCUGAAAUAAUGUGUUUUUCAAGAGCCCCAGGAAUAUAUUGUGAAUUCUUAUUUUGUUGCAACAUUAAAUCCAUCUUGUCAGAAAAAAUAAUAAUUGUAGCAAGUGUACAUUUCUAUAAGUUGCACAGUGCUUCAAACCAUAGAGAUUUUUGUCAAUUUUUUUAGCCAUGUUUCUCUGUCUUUAAGAGUUGGUCAUAAAUCAUUACCUCCCUUGAGAUACUAUAAUUUCUGAGUUUUGAAUUGGCAAUUAUAACAGUUACCUACCCUGUUUAAUUUAUCACAUCAGAGCUUUCCAAUAAGAAAUUUUUAAGUAUUUCACAAUUUCCUGAAUCAUUUUUUAUAAGUGUUAGUGAUCUUUAAAAGGGUUUAAAUUUGAAUUGUCUCUUAUAAUAGAAAAAAAUAUAUUUGAUUGGUUUUUGAUUUAGGUAGUUAUGCCUUAAUGUAGAACAAGUUAAACCCCUAAAUAGCAACAUUGUGAUUAUGAAACGACCUUGAGGAAAUAAUUUUUUCCACUUCCAGAAAGAGCUCUUGAUCAUCAUUUAAUAGCCUUGACUGUUCCGUAUAGAUUUUGUUAAAAUUAUAAAAAUAGUCUCCAAGUGAUCAAUUUAUACAUAGCCUAUGUUGUGCCUUUUCAUGAAAAAUAAAUUGAAGGGGUUUUAGCACAAUAUAAUUUAAAUAAAGUUAAAAGUAAUACAUUAUUUCUGUUAAUUCAUCAUUCCAUUGUAAAUUUUCCUGAUGUAAAUAAACCAACACUGUAAAUAUUGAGAGAGGUUUAGUUCCACUCAAUGCAUAACAAAUAGUUGUACAUUUUAUCAAACAAUCUAACUGGCACAUUUUCUCCUGGUUUUACUGGUAGAAGAGUUACACAUUCCAGCACUGAUUUCCAUAUAAAUUACCUAUCAAGAAACACAGUGUAGCGCUAAGCGUGACUGCUCAUUGUUUUAAAUGCAUAAUUUUUGAAUCUAUAUCUGUCAACACAGUUUUUGAAAAAAAGAAUUAUACUCAGCAAAUUAUGUGUUUGAAGCUUAUUAUUCUUGGAUGAAAUAAGUUUAAAAUGUUUGUGCCUGUCAGAUACUAAUGAUUACAAAUAAUUGUUUUUUAAUGUAUAUAACUUCCAUUUUGAUAAGUAAUAAAAGUUAUAUUAAUAAAA